GAGACUUCACGCUCCCGCGACACGCGCACGCCGACACAUAAACAUACGUCCCUAUCCCUUCGCGUCCAAGCCUUUCCACCUCCCCCCGCUCCCUCCCUGACCCUCGCCGUCGUCCCGUAGCAGGGCGCCAGUAUAUAGAGCCGCACCGCACAGGUCUUUAACUUGCUACUUACUGCAAGAAAGAGGAGAAGAGAGGAAUAGAGGCACACACGACUGCAAGCUAGCCCAGUGUAGCGUUUCUGUGGCUCCAUCUUGCGAUUCUUGCGUGUUGCAGACAAGGCAGGAGCCAGGAGGCGCUCGAUCGAUCGGCCAUGGCGGAUCACCAGAGGAUCCACCCGGUGGACCUGGAGGCGGGGCAGCCGAGACCCACGGCGCCGCUCGUUCCGUCGGGAAGCUUCCGCUCCGACAAGGGCCAUCCGCCGGCCGCGCAGCCCGACACGAGGCCGCUACCACCGCCGCCUCGCCGCACGGUUCCACCCAUGCCGCCACUGCCGCCCCCGAAGCGGCGCCGCAGCAGGGCUUCCUGCUGCUGCCGUCUCCUCUGCUGCAUCAUCGCGACCGCCGUCAUCCUGGCCGUCCUGGUCGCGGCGGCGCUGGGCGCGCUCUACCUGGCCUUCAACCCCAAGGCACCGCGCUACUCCGUGGACCGCCUCUCGGUAACCCAGUUCCAGGUGGACCCGGCCACGCUGACGGCGACCGCGGCGUUCGAGGCCGCGCUCACGGCGUCCAACCCCAACGCCCGCAUCGGCAUCUUCUACGAGCGCGGGUCCAGCCUGAGCGUGUGGUACGAGUCCGUCCGGCUCGCCAGGGGCGCGCUCCCGGCCUUCUACCAGGGUCACCGCAACACCACGACGCUGGGCGUGGCCAUGGCGGGCCAGGCGCAGCUGGGCGGCGCCGUGGUGUCGGCCAUGCGGGACGCGCAGCGGACGGGCGCCGUGCCGCUCGUGUUCCGCGCCGACGUGCCGGUCCGGGUGGAGCUCGGCACGCUCAAGCUGUGGACGGUCACGUCCAGGGUGCGCUGCGACCUUGUCGUUGACAGCAUCCUCAACGCCGGCAGCAAUAUCAAGAUCAAGGCCAGCAACUGCAAGUUCGGCUUCAAGCUCAUCUGAAAAUUGUGGGCGAUUGCUAUUGCUUAGCCUCCGCGUCCUUCCUUUUCCUGCCUCCUAGUGCAGUUCUUUGGGUUGUUCUUGGGGAUCGGUCGGUCGCAUUUGAUCCGGUCUUGCCUCGGGUCCAUUCUUUUAGCAGAGUGCCCUGUGGUGUUUUGCAUCGGCGCACUCGCUCCGUUCAUGUACAUCUUGUAUUCUUGUGUAGAUCGAGUUGAUACUAUGUUUGCUGUUAGAGAGGAAGAAUAAUAUGCAUGCCUACAUCUUUCAUAGCUCGGGUAAAAAACAUCUUGUGUUCUUGAGAGGUUGUCGCAACAAAUCAUUCCGUGUAUCUGUACGUACGUGCUGGGAGAUCGUCACUGUUCUACCGCUCGUCGGUGUGUUUUGUUUGACUAUAGGUGAUAAAGCGAUUUUUUUUACUA